AUAACCAAAUAUAAUUCGAACAAGCACAAAAUGAAGUUACUUAGAAAAAAAUGCCACAACUAAAGUGAUGAAAUUCGAAAAGAUAAAAGUUAGAGUCAACAAAAAUGAAACUAGGUGAAUAUUCCAUUUACAUACUAGUCACUACAAUUUUAAUCAUAGCAAGAAUAAAUAAAAACGUGCAAGCAAGCAAAACGAAAACACAUACACAACAAAACAAUAGUGAUAAGUUGCCACCACAAUUAUCUGGACGAAGAAACGGAUCAUUGAGUGGUCUAUCCGGUCAAAAUGGUCCACCAAUCCACAUAAUUCUCAAUGCAAGUGGACCCGGUUUUGAUUACCCACCACGAUUAUCUGGACGAAGAAACGGAUCAUUGAGUGGUCUAUCCGGUCAAAAUGGUCCACCAAUCCACAUAAUUCUCAAUGCAAGUGGACCCGGUUUUGAUUACCCACCACGAUUAUCUGGACGAAGAAACGGAUCAUUGAGUGGUCUAUCCGGUCAAAAUGGUCCACCAAUCCACAUAAUUCUCAAUGCAAGUGGACCCGGUUUUGAUUACCCACCACGAUUAUCUGGACGAAGAAACGGAUCAUUGAGUGGUCUAUCCGGUCAAAAUGGUCCACCAAUCCACAUAAUUCUCAAUGCGAGUGGACCCGGUUUUGAUUACCCACCACGAUUAUCUGGACGAAGAAACGGAUCAUUGAGUGGUCUAUCCGGUCAAAAUGGUCCACCAAUCCACAUAAUUCUCAAUGCAAGUGGACCCGGUUUUGAUUACCCACCACGAUUAUCUGGACGAAGAAACGGAUCAUUGAGUGGUCUAUCCGGUCAAAAUGGUCCACCAAUCCACAUAAUUCUCAAUGCAAGUGGACCCGGUUUUGAUUACCCACCACGAUUAUCUGGACGAAGAAACGGAUCAUUGAGUGGUCUAUCCGGUCAAAAUGGUCCACCAAUCCACAUAAUUCUCAAUGCAAGUGGACCCGGUUUUGAUUACCCACCACGAUUAUCUGGACGAAGAAACGGAUCAUUGAGUGGUCUAUCCGGUCAAAAUGGUCCACCAAUCCACAUAAUUCUCAAUGCGAGUGGACCCGGUUUUGAUUACCCACCACGAUUAUCUGGACGAAGAAACGGAUCAUUGAGUGGUCUAUCCGGUCAAAAUGGUCCACCAAUCCACAUAAUUCUCAAUGCGAGUGGACCCGGUUUUGAUUACCCACCACGAUUAUCUGGACGAAGAAACGGAUCAUUGAGUGGUCUAUCCGGUCAAAAUGGUCCACCAAUCCACAUAAUUCUCAAUGCAAGUGGACCCGGUUUUGAUUACCCACCACGAUUAUCUGGACGAAGAAACGGAUCAUUGAGUGGUCUAUCCGGUCAAAAUGGUCCACCAAUCCACAUAAUUCUCAAUGCAAGUGGACCCGGUUUUGAUUACCCACCACGAUUAUCUGGACGAAGAAACGGAUCAUUGAGUGGUCUAUCCGGUCAAAAUGGUCCACCAAUCCACAUAAUUCUUAAUGCAAGUGGAUCGGGUUCACAUCACCAUCAUUAUGGACAGUAUGGUAAUAUUCAUCGAGGAUUAUUUGGACGAGGAUAUGGAUCAUUGAGUGGCCUCUCCGGUGAAAGUGGUCAAUGUAUCUACAUAACUGUGAAUACAGGCGGAUCCAUUUCCGAUCCAUAUUUUCCACCACCAUUAUAUGGACGAGGAUAUGGAUCAUUGAGUCGUCCAUCCGGCGACAAUGGUCACUGUAUCUACAUAACUGUGAAUGCAGGUGGAUCGAGUACAUAUUCACAUCAAUAUUUUCCAACACGAUUAUAUGGACGAAGAUACAGAACAUUGAAUGGUCUCUCCGGUCGAAAUGGUCCACGUAUCCAAAUAACCUUGAAUGCAAGUGGACGGAAUUACAAUUACAAAAAAUAUGGAAAGCAGAGUAAUGUUCCACCACGAUUAUCUGGACGAAGAAACGGAACAUUGAGUGGUCUCUCCGGUGAAAAUGGUCCACAAAUCCACAUAACUAUGAAUGCUAGUCGAUCGAGUUCACAUCAUCAUCAAUAUUUUCCACCAACAUUAUCUGGACGAAGAAACGGAUCACUGAGUGGUCUAUCCGGUGGCAAUGGUCCUUCUAUCUACCUUACCUUCAAUUCAGGUGGACAGAAUUCAACUGAUCAUGAUCGGGGACAAGAAGUUACUUCACCACCACGAUUAUCAGGACGUAAAUACAUGAAAGGUAAAGUGGACGAUUUUAUCCCUGUUUUAGUGUUCUAUGAUAUAAUCCAUCUGAUCUCACUUACUUGAAUAUGCAGCACGAUCAUUUUACUCAAUUAUUUGAACAAAUAAAUAUUGUUACAAUCGGGCACCAUAUACAUAUGAGCCACACAAUAGCAAUGAAGUUGUGAAGAGAUAGGAAAUGUAAAGCGCGUAUAUUAAAAGAACAACAAAAUAAAGAAAUUACUGUUUAAGAGUAAAAUUAUUAUUAUUAUUACUAUAGUGGUUGGUGAUCAGGAAAAUUAUGUGUUGCCUGAUUCCGUAGGUUUUCAGACAACCAUUUAUUACACAGAUCUUAAGAUUUCAUCUUAUCAAAUAAAUAGCACAAAUUUGUCGUAUAGUAAAGCAAAACAGAGAAACCAAAAUAUUUUAAGUGACCAAACACGUGGUAACAAUCUGUCAUCAAAUAAGACGAAUAGGCAGUCUAAUGUUACGACUCGGAGCAAGAGAAAUGAGAGGUAUAACACGAUGUCAAAUAACAUUGCAUCUAAAAACGAAAUGGAUUCAGACACAGGAAAUUUUUCUCAUAGUGACAUAUAUUCGGAAUUCGAAAUAAAUCGAGACGAAGCUAUGAACAAUUACACCUUUUUCGAUGCACAUCCAUUACAGGAAUACAAUGAAUAAGGCGAUAUUUCAGCUUGAUUCACGAUUCUCAUUAAAGCGUAAUAUUAUUGAUCAGUUGAAUAUGAUAAUCUUUCGUUGUAAAAGUAGACUGUUUUCUGACAAAUAAAGAAGGAACGAAUUGAGCGAAGAAAUUUCUUUUCAAUUAGUUUUCUGACAAUUUCUGUUAUUUAUAUUCAUUCAGUAGAGAAUGGUUCAAUAUGACAACAACUGAAGUCUGAUUAUUAAAAUCUACCAGAUAAUUACUGUGAAGUGAAUCCCUCUCCCUGAUGGGAGAGGGAUAGGUAGUAGUCAUUAUUUUCUAUCGAUUAAUAUAUUAUAAAUUGAAACCUGUUUCUACAAAUGUGAUAUAGUGAAUGAGAGUAUCUAAUUAAAAGUAUCUAAAUGGUCACCAAAUUUAUACCAAUGGUUGGUGGUCAAUCGUUUAAUCUACAAAACUCAGACGACAAUCAAUCGAUAACCAUACUCUAGUUAUUGAAAAGUAUAGGAUUUCUAGUGAUCAUGUAAUAUGUGUUAAAAUAAUUAUUAUUUCCUCAAAAUGUACUUCGCAACUGUGUCAUAUGAAGAACAAAUUUAUAUAAAUACGUAUGUUUGAUCAGGUUAGCCGAAUGCGUAGAACAGUUUGGUUUAUUUCCCUUAGUUCUCAUUGUGAUGGAAGAAAGUAUUGUUAAUCUUCCUUUACUACUACUAAUCAGUUAUAUGACAUUCAAUGUAAUAACAUUAGAGAAUACGCAAUCCUUUAUAGGUCGAUCAGUUGAGUACAUGUUUGAGAAAGUAGAGGGAGAAGUAAUGAAUGCAACUCACAGUACUAGCGGAGAAGGCAGUUCGUCCAAAAAUAAUAGAAACAAUUAUUAUAAUAAGAGAUUAUCAAACAAGGCAGGUGGUAAACGCUAUGAAGAUAUUUUCUCCUCUCGUGGUUAUUCAAUUUUUGAUGAUAUUGAUUCAGAAGCAUCUACAUUCGAGUAUGGUGGUAAAAUCACAAAAUAUGGUAAACGUAGUCGAAAGGAUUCCGACAGUAUACCGACAAUUGGAAGUUCGGAUCGAUAUGCUAGUUCACAUAUUAAAGAUAACUUUAAAAUUAAAGCCAAAUCAAAGAAAAAGUAUGCAAAAGAUCAUGUCUAUGGAACUUACAAAUCUAAUAAAAAACGUGGAGGAAGAAAUACUAAUAAAGAAACAAUAUCGAAAGAAUCGCGAAACAAAACCGAAAGAACAUCUUCUUAAGCCAAAAACUGGAAAAUGGAUGUGCAGUUACAAAUGCAGUAAAUCACCAGAUGUGAUAAAUAUAUUUUAUUCCACAUAGAGUCAAAUUUAUUUAUGUAUAAAAUAAUGUCAACCACUAUUUUGAUAAUUGUUAAACAACAUAUGUAUCAGAAAACAUUUGAAGUAAUAUUAUCAAUAGUUCUUU